AUGUUGUCCCAGCUUGUUCGCCAGAGGAGCACUGCUUCCCAGCUUCGGCUUCUGAAAGGACGCUCCGUCUUGCCAUCACCGGCAAAGCUACGCCAUCACUCCCACACGAGUCGACUCACAUCACUGCAAAACUCGACUUCAUCCAAUUCCUCCUCCGAGACUCGCCCCCGUCGUCCCUCCUUGCAAUCGAGCCGCAGCCUUGCCACCGCCGCUGACCCCCAGGCCCUCGAGCAACUAUCACACUCCGAAAACUUCAAUCAGGCGUCAUACUCCGCGCACCGUGUGAAGACCAUAGAAUGGGAUCCCGCGUUGAAAUGGAACCGCGAUUUUCCUUCGAUUUUCGGCGACGACGCCUCCUCGCUUGUCAUCGUCGAUGAGUUCCUGAUGACGGCCCCAAAGGUCUUCAAGAAAGUCAAAGGCGUUGGAGGCGACCAUGAUGAGAUGAUCACAAACCUGGGUAUCUCGAUCAAGGUAGGCCAGUUCCAUCGAGCCUGUAACCUGAUCAAUCGGCUGCGUGAAUUUUACCCUGUCGGCUCCAAAGACUACUUGAACAUGCACAACCAGCUGCUGAAGGCGAUGGUCGCACAUGGCAUCCAGAUUGGCGAUCAGGGUCUGGCGCGUCAGAUGCAGCGCUGGUUUGAAGUGGACAUGCCGUAUGGUGGCGUGGUUGCGGAUGCUACGACUAUCGCUAUUAUGAUCCGCAUGGCUCUGCGCCUGUUUUAUGGCUCCAAGCGGGACCGAGCCGUUCGCCGGUAUUGGCAAGUCGCGAAGGACAAGCAAUGCGAGGAAGCCGUUUUGGCCGUGGAUGUGCUCACUGAACGCGAGCUCGGCGAGCUUUCCGAGGUUUGCUCCUCGGAUCUCCAACGUGUCGCCAUCGAAAGCAUGGAACCCAAAUUCGAGAAGUUGGAGGUGCCGGCCGAAGACGUUCCUGAAAUCAAAGCUGUUGAACAAAAGGGUCUUGGGCUUAAGACAUUAACGGAGUCCUUGUCCCCAGUAUUCUCCCAAUCACCGAAAAGGCCCGAGGGCAUGGAUGAUGAAACCUUCGAGCUGCACCAGCAACGUCGACAGCAGCAACUUGAAGCGGAUGUCAUGAAGUCCGCUGUCAAUCGUUGGCGGCAGGAAAACCAAGUACAGAACCAGCUCACGCCUGAGGCAUUUGAGACACGAACGCGACUAGGCCCGCUACUUCGCCAAUGGUUUGCGGAUCUCGUUGUGAGGAUUGAACAUGAACUCGAGGAAGUCGAAAAGAUCAUCAAUAAUAAGAAGUCAAGGGGUGCCGAAGACAAAGAGCGGGCCGAUUACGGCCUCUACAUGAAAAUGGUCCCGCCCGCAGAGUUGGCAUCUCUGACGAUUUUGUCGACUGUCAAUACCAUGAUCAAGGUUGGACUGGAGAAAGGGAUGAAACUUGCUCAGCUUGCCGUAGCGGUCGGGAACGACGCCUACGAGGAAAUGCUUCUGCAAAUAAUGCUUGAGCAGCGGAAGAAAGAAGAGAACAGUGCUCACCGGUUGCGGCUCAUCAAGGAAAUUUACAACGGGCGCAAGGACCAGGGCAAGGUGAAGAGGAUCAACUGGAUGAAUGCUCUCAAGAAGAUGGAACUGGCGCAGCCUGAGCACGUCUGGCCGGUUCAGGUCAAGGCAAAGCUCGGCGCUGUGUUGCUGAGCUUUCUUUACGAUGUUGCAAAGGUCCCAGUUCCCGUGAACGAGGCAGCGGCCGCGGCGAAGAAGGUCAAAAAGAAGGACCUGGUCAUGCAGUCUGUCUUCCAGCACUCGUACCAGAUCACCUGGGGAAGGCGCAGUGGUUACAUUCACGUGCAUCCAGAGAUGAUCAAAAUCCUCACCAGGGAGCCAGCUCAGGAAUUGCUCGGUCGCCAUUUGCCCAUGCUGUGCAAGCCCAGACAGUGGAUCGGUUACAAGGAUGGUGCCUAUUACUACCACCAGAAUCACAUUGUCCGCUCCACACCCGGCGAGAGCCUGCAGCCUGCAUAUGUAAGGGCGGCGUUGGAGGACGAUGGCAUGAAGAAGAUCCGCGAGGGUUUGGACAUCCUGGGCGGCACCGGAUGGGCUAUCAACCGAGACGUGUUCAAUGUUAUGCUCGAGGCCUGGAAUACUGGAGAGCCCAUUGCCGACCUCGCACCCCUCGACCCCAAACUGCCGCUUCCGCCAAAGCCGUCCCCGGAGGAGGGCUACGAUGCCGAGAAGAAGUGGAACUCCGCUGUCCGGGAUAUCGAGAAUCAAAGGUCCGGUUACCACUCCCAGCGAUGCUUCCAGAACUUUCAACUGGAAGUGGCUCGCGCGUACCUCAACGAGACCUUCUACCUUCCUCAUAACCUGGACUUCCGUGGCAGAGCGUAUCCAAUCCCUCCCUACCUCAACCAGAUGGCCGCUGAUAAUGCUCGAGGCCUCCUCUUGUUCAGUAAAGCAAAGCCGCUCGGGCAGAGUGGUCUGAGGUGGUUGAAGAUCCAGAUUGCCAACCUUGCAGGAUUUGACAAGGCUAGUCUUUCGGAGCGUGAGAAGUUCGCCAUGGACAAUUUGGAUGAUAUUCUGGACUCUGCCAACAACGGCCUUCAUGGUCGCCGGUGGUGGCUUGAGGCUGAAGACCCCUGGCAAUGUCUGGCGGCUUGCUGUGAACUCCGAAAUGCCCUCCAGCAUCCAAACCCCACCGAGUACGCGUCGCGUCUGCCGAUCCAUCAAGAUGGCUCCUGCAAUGGUCUGCAGCACUAUGCCGCUCUCGGUGGUGACAAAGCCGGUGCGCAGCAGGUCAACCUCGAGCCGUCUGACCGCCCCUCUGACGUCUAUUCUGGUGUGGCCGAAUUCGUCAACGAGGAGGUUGCGCGGGACGCCGCGCAAGGGGAUCCAAUUGCAAUUUACCUUCAAGGCAAAAUCAUCCGCAAGGUUGUGAAGCAGACCGUCAUGACAAACGUUUACGGAGUGACCUUUCUGGGUGCCAUGAAGCAAGUUCGCAAGCAGCUCGUUGACUACUACCCCGACUCGACCGACGAGCAAAAAAAGCAGGGCGCCGUUUAUAUCGCCAAGAAAAUCUUCCAAGCUCUCGCGACCAUGUUCCACGGAGCCCACGAUAUCCAAUACUGGCUUGGCGACUGUGCUAGUCGCAUUACGCAGUCUAUAACCCCCGCGGACAUUGAGGCCAUCACCAAGGAAGCUCUCGUAUCGGAUUUGACGACGCUGCCCAAGAAGAGGAAUGUUCGCAGGAAGAAGAUCUCGACCAAGGCGUUCCUGAAGCAGUACUUCAAAACGACGGUUGUUUGGACGACACCAUUAGGUCUCCCCGUCGUGCAGCCGUACCGGAACCGGGACGCCCGUCGUGUCCAGACCAGCUUCCAGAGCCUGAGUGUCGUCGAACAAAAUUCCCGUUUCUGCGUUUCCAAGCGCAAGCAGCUACAGGCCUUCCCUCCCAAUUUCAUUCAUUCUCUUGACGCAACCCACAUGAUUCUGUCUGCGCGCGCUUGUCACGAGGCUGGUCUUACUUUCUCCGCUGUGCACGACUCGUUUUGGACCCACCCUUCGGACGUCGACACAAUGAACCAAAUUCUUCGCGAGACAUUUGUGCAGAUGCACUCGGACGACGUGGUGAAGAGGCUGGCGGCAGAGUUCCAAGUACGCUACGGGCAAAACUUGUAUCUGACCAAAAUCUCGACGACUAGGCCCAUCGGAAAGAAGAUCGCGACCUGGCGAAGGGGCUUGACAAAGUACACCCAAAUCAACGAGCUUAUCACAGAGUACAAGCGUCAGAAACUGCUGCGGUCGGACGAUCCCGAGCUACAGGCUCAGGGUCGGGAGAUGGUUACCGCGGCAAGCAUCUUCGAGGCGGAGGGCGGUUCGGACGCUGAUCUAGCUGUCAACGCCUCCCUCGGCGAAUCCGUCGUUGGGCACGUUCCCGAAAACCCGGAGGCCACGGAGAACAAGCCUGCCCUUGCCGGACUCGAAAUGGACGGCUCGGACCCGGCGAUAGCUACUCUUCUCGGAAACGCUGCUUGGGAUGCGGACUCGACGACUCCCUUGAGCGAUGACGAGCCCGAGCCCGAAGCAGAGGCUGGCUUGGAAGAGGAAGCGGAAGCUACGCCGGUCGGGCGGACGAGGAAGAAGAAGACGCCGCACGUGUGGCUUUGGUUGCCCAUGAGCUUCCGGGCCGUGCCGGAGAAGGGUAGCUGGGAGGUGUCGCGGAUCCGUGACAGCAAGUACUUCUUUUCUUAA